UGUGGCUCAUCCGAUCAUCAAAACAUGGCGGAAGAUAGGACUGGUUUCACAGAGACAGAAAAAGAGGCUAUCACGAUAUUCCUGACACAGAUCAACAACGAUCGGACGAAACAUGGCCUCAGUCCAAUCGGUACAUCGACUGCUAUCAAAUUCCUUAUAGCUAGAAAGUUUGAUCCAGAAAGAGCUAUAGAAUUAUACAGAAAUCAUCAGGACAAAUGUGUUAUGUAUGGCCUGAAUGAAAUGUCUCCCUACGAUGAUCCCAUGAGACAAGAGUUACUGUCUGGGAAGUUUACAGUUUUGGAGAAACCUGACCCUGAAGGAGCAGCAAUAGCAAUGAUUAAUGCAAGCCUACAUUUUCCAGAAUUAACCACUCAUGAUACUGUCAUCAAAGGAAUGGUUUUUCAACUUGAUGAGGCAACCAAAGAUGUCGUAACUCAACGUAAUGGCCUUAUUCUAUUAUAUGACAUGUCCAACUCAUCGUACAAGAACUUUGAUUAUGAACUUAGUCAUAAAGUACUGGACUUAUUAAAAGGUUGUUAUCCAGCCAGGUUGAAGCGAGUAUUUAUUAUCUCUCCUCCUUUAUGGUUCAAAGCUAUCCUCCUUAUUCUCUCAAGUCUUUUACGAGAAAAGAUACGUGAAAGAAUAGAAAUUGUUUCAUCUGAGCAGCUCCAAGAGAAACUACCACUGGAAAAUAUUCCCAAAACACUUGGAGGAACAUUGCCUGUUGAUCACUUCUCUUGGUUGAAUAAGUGUCUUGCUUCUUAUGCAGAGACACUCGGUGUCAAUGAUAUUCCUGACUCACCUAAAACCACAGAAAAUGGAUGGGAGUCUACUACAGAAGGCAGGGGAUGGGAUAGCAGACAGCCACAAUGUGAACCAGGAGUUGAGGAAACUAUGAAUGAAGUAGCAGACUUUGGAGAGCCUGUUAUGAGUGUCUCAGAGUUUAUGCAGCACGUGAGAGAGCUAGGAAAGCGAGGCAUUAAAGCACAGUAUAUGGAACUGAAGAGCUUGCCAUUGGAAGGAGUUUUUGAUAAAACAAGGUUGCGAGUCAAUGUCAGGAAAAAUCGGUACACUGAUGUGUUGUGCUUAGAAGGAACACGAGUUCCUCUCACUCCUAUAGAUGAGGAUGAUUUUUCUGAUUAUAUACAUGCUAAUUAUGUGGAUGGUUACAAGCAACCAAAAGCCUUCAUCGCUACACAAGGUCCAUUGCCAAAUACCACAGGGGAUUUCUGGCGUAUGGUAUGGGAGCAAAAGUCUGUUGUAGUCGUUAUGAUAACACGACCCAAACAAGUCGUACAAUAAUGCAUUUUCAAAUGACUUCGUGGCCAGACUUCGGUGUGCCAUCUUCAGCCGAGUCAUGCUUACAUAUCCUAGGCCUGGUACGACAAGCUCAGGCCUCGGCCGUGUUGGCCCUAUGGUCCAGUUGGACAGGGCAUCCCUCAGGCCCACCAAUGGUGGUCCAUUGCAGCGCAGGUGUCGGGCGUACCGGGACCUUUUGCACUAUAGACAUUAACAUAGAAAGGAUGAAAAAACAAGGAACAUGUGAAAUCUCCAACACCGUCAAAUAUUUGAGGAACCAGCGAGCCCACAUGAUACAAACACCCGAUCAGUAUGAGUUCUGUCACCUUGCAGUUCUCGAGUUCGCGCUGUCUCUGCCAAUGCUUUCUGACUCUGAAAAAGAAGAAAUUGCUAGAUUCCUAAACGAGUGGCGAAGCGCAGAAGAUUCUUCGAGCGAAAGUGAUUAAAAUAGGACCUAUUUUCUUGGGAUAUUUCAAGACGCAUUGCGCACAUCAUUUUUUCUCGUUUGCAAUAUUUAAGAGAUAACUAAUCUAUAAUGUUAAGCAAAUACAAUAAGCGAGCUGAACCCCGUGAUCUAUGACUAGCAAAUUUGUAAAUACGAAUUAAGUGCGAAAAAUAAAGAACUAAAUAAUAGAA